CUGGUGGAUGUAGGAGGACGCACGGAGGGAGGGGAGCGGUGAGGAUAAAUGCACUCUUUCAUUUCAAAGUGAGAGAAAUUCGUUGCUGCAGGCACAUAUACACAGCGACAGGAGCGCACGGGAAACGACGGUUUUGUUGUUAAUUUGAGAAAGUAAGCGGGGACCACCAUGGAUGCGACCAUAUCAGAGAGACAGAGCACAAUAACUCACCAAAAAAUGUAAGGACUGAUGAGCGCAGUCACAGGAGAGUUUGAACUUCAAAGACGCGCUCCGGAGUCCGGAGGGACAAAUCUCGCCGCUGAAUGACUGUUUGAGAAGGUGUUACACAUUUGUAAUGGUUUAAUGACUGUGAACUGCGGCCUCUUGUUGGAUGGGACAGGUGCAGAUAUUUUCACGGCUAAGGCAUGGGUCAUUGAGGUGGCAGUGAAGCAGUUUUUCCUGACCAUAAAAAGACAUUUUCGUGCACUUUAGAAUAAGACUUAAGAUGCACAGAUCGUUCUCUUGUUGAAUUGGUUUAUUUAUUUUUUAUUUUUUGUAUAUAUAAAUACUUGAGACGACUUUUGUAAAGGAACCAGCCCUGAAAUGAGCCCCACACACGAACAGGCGAUAUGCCAGUGCUGCACCGUUUGACCGGAUUUUACGCAUCUCUUGGGAAAAGGGAGAGCUGAAAAACGCACGCGUGUUUACGUGGGUGCAAUGUGGACAUCGACGCACUGCAUUUUCACCAGCUCAGAACAAAUCAAUUUGUGAACAAACAAGGAGAAAAGUUAAAAAAGGAAAAGAAAAGGAAAGAAAAAACAAAGAGACUGUUUUUAGUAGACUUCAUAAAUGGAGCUUCGUAAAUACCUGCUGUGCCUGGAGUUUAUCCUCCUCCUAAAAGAAUUGUGUCAGUGUUUCAACAUAGAUGUGAAGAAUCCACGCAUCUUCACUGGUCCAGAGGACGCUCUGUUUGGUUUCUCUGUCCUACAGCAUGAUGCGGACGGGGAGAAAUCGAUGCUGGUUGGUGCUCCCUGGGACGGGCCGCCCAACAACAGAAAAGGAGACGUGUACAAAUGUGUUGUGGGCGAGGAGAAGAACUCAACCUGCAUCAAAGUAAAUCUAGGAGAAACCGCUCUCAAGAACGUUUCUAAAAAUCUGAGGAACUCUCAUCUUGGAAUGACCCUCACGCCAGACUCACCCGACGGCUUCCUGGCAUGUGCCCCUCUGUGGUCCCAGGAGUGCGGUACAUCUAUGUUCGCCAAAGGCAUCUGCGCCUCUGUCAGCGAUGACCUAGAACCAAGAGAGACCAUCGCGCCAACAGCGCAAAGGUGCUCCACAUACAUGGACAUCGUGAUCGUGCUGGAUGGCUCCAACAGUAUCUACCCUUGGUUUGAGGUCCAGAACUUCCUGAGCAACAUCCUCAGCAAGUUCCACAUCAGCCCCGACCAAAUGCAGGUUGGUAUAUUGCAGUAUGGGGAGGUGGCAGUUCACGAGUGGUCUCUGAAGGACUAUCAGACCACAAAAGAUGUGGUGGAGGCCGCCAAGAACAUCAGCCGGCAGGAGGGCAGAGAGACGCGCACUGCUUACGCCAUACAAAUGGCCUGCACAGAAGGGUUCAGUGCCGAGCGUGGCGCGAGGGAGGGCGCCACCAAGGUGAUGAUCGUGGUGACGGACGGAGAGUCACAUGACGGAGAUGAGCUCCCUGAUGCUCUUUUAGAGUGCGAGGACAGAAACAUCACCAGAUACGCCAUCGCCGUUCUGGGUCAUUACAUCCGCAGGCAGCAGGACCCUGAGACGUUCAUUAACGAGAUCAAGUACAUCGCCAGCGACCCUGACGAUAAAUACUUUUUCAAUGUGACAGAUGAAGCUGCGCUUAAUGACAUUGUGGAUGCCCUGGGAGACCGCAUCUUUACUCUGGAAGGUACGCUGGGCUCCAACCAGAGCUCAUUCCACAUGGAGAUGUCCCAGAUCGGAUUCUCCACACACACACUGGAUGACGGCAUUCUGUUUGGCAUGGUGGGCGCCUAUGACUGGGACGGCGGGGUGUUGAAGAAAGGGUCUGACACACAAAUCAUGCCGCCCAGAGAGGCCUUUGAAAGCGAGUUUCCGCUGGAGCUCAAAAAUCAUGCUGCUUAUUUAGGUUACACAGUGUCGUCUGUGACAGUUGGUGACUGGAAGAGACUGUAUUUAGCUGGAGCUCCACGAUUUAAACACAAAGGCAAAGUGAUCCUGUUUGAACUCAGCAACGAAGGCGAUGUCAACAUUGUUCAAGCCCUCAACGGAGAACAGAUUGGCUCUUACUAUGGCAGCGAAGUGUGUGUCCUGGAUGUCGACCAGGAUGGCAUCACUGAUGUCCUUCUGGUUGCUGCUCCAAUGUACCUUGGCUCAGGAAACAAGGAGGCUGGUAGAGUCUACAUCUACACCCUCAGUGGGGAAGACAUCUUCGUAUCUAAUGGUACUCUGAAGUCAGAGGAAAAGUCACAGGAUGCCAGGUUCGGUUACGCAAUGGCAGCCUCUCCAGAUCUGAACCAUGACGGUUUCACUGAUUUGCUGGUGGGAGCCCCGCUGGAGGAUGAACACCAGGGGGCCAUCUAUGUUUACCACGGCGACGGUAUUUACAUCAACCACGAUUACAAGCAGCGUAUACCAGGGUCAUUGAUUUCCCCCUCCCUGCAGUAUUUUGGCCGCAGUGUGAGCGCUCGCCUGGACUUGGAUGGAGAUGACCUCAUAGACUUGGCAGUGGGCGCACAAGGCAGCGCUGUGCUGCUCAGCUCUCGAAGCAUUGUCCAGAUCAAUGUGAGUCUGUCCUUCCAGCCGCACUCUAUUAACGUCAUUCAGAAGACCUGCCAGAGGGGAGGCAGAGAAUCAGCCUGCCUUAAUGCGACUGCCUGCUUUACGGUCAUCUCCCGCUCGCCUGGAUCACACACUGGUUUUGAUUUGUGGGUGUCGGCCAUGUUGGAUGACAGGAAAUCGUCAGCACGGGCACUGUUUGACGAAAGCUCCCACAGACAGACCCAGAAAACAGUCUCUGUUUUCAUAGAACAGACUGUCUGUUAUACCCUUCCCUUCCAUGUAUAUGACACGGCGGAUUACAUUCGUCCCAUCAGCUUCUUGCUGCGAUUUAAGAUCAACGACACGGAGAGUGGACCGGUGCUGGAUGAAGGAUGGCCAACUACUGUCAAGAAAUAUAUCCCUUUCUUUAAAGACUGCGGCGAGGAUGAUGUGUGCACAACAGACCUGGUGCUGCAGGCCAACAUGGACAUCUCUGGGACGAGACAGAAGCCGUAUGUGAUCCGCAGCCCUCGUAGGCGUCUGGCAGUGGAGGUGCAGCUCCAGAACAGACUGGAAAACGCCUACAACACCAGUCUGACGCUGCAGUAUUCCCGCAAUCUCCACUUCUCCAGCCUAGCCAUUAAGGAGGACGCCAACUUUAAGAUCGAGUGUACAGCAGUUGGUGCCAACAGCCACUCAUGUAAUGUCAGUUAUCCAGUAUUCCGCUCGCAGUCAAAGGUUAACUUCAUGUUGGAGUUUGAGUUCAGCUGCACAUCUCUGCAAAGUCGAGUCCAAAUGAAGCUGAACGCUGCCAGCGAUAGCAUGGAGAGACCGGAUACACUGGGGGAUAACAGCGUGCAGCUGCAGAGUUUCGUCCAGUAUGAACCAGACCUGUUUGUUAGCAGUGAUACAAAUUUAAACCGCUACGAGGUGCAUCCUACUCGUACAGCGUCAGAGGCGAUUGGACCAGAAUUCUACACAUACCUUAAGCUGCAGAAUCUCGGCUGCUACUCUGUGAGUAAUCUGGAGCUGCGCUUGCAUGUGCCCUCUGUGGCUGCAGGAGACAGAGUCUUCAUGACUGUCACCGAUGUCUCCUUAGACAGCGCAGACAAUGCCACAAGAGUGAACUGCAGUGUGCUGAGCGACCUGGCCCAGCUGAAGGCCAGACAGAGAGACGUGCGCCCUCUUCAUCCCGAAGACAUGAUGCAGAAUGACAUACUGAACUGCAGCAGGUCGUGGUGCACAGAGGUCAGGUGUGAAGUUCAGCAGCUUCUGAAAGGGGAGACGGCGAACAUUCGCGUCAGCCGGCGAGUUCACGAUGACUUUUUCAGAAAAGCCAAAUAUAAGUCGGCGAGGAUAAUAAGUGCCUAUCGCCUCACAGCUAAGGAGACUAACCUGAUCACUCUGGGAACAGGAACAGUCUGGAGGGAGACUGUGCUGGAGGUGCUGAAGGGGCGAGCUAUUCCCAUUUCGCUCUGGAUUCUGAUUGGUAGCAUCAUAGGGGGUUUGCUGCUCCUGGCCCUCAUUAUUUUCAUACUGUGGAAGCUUGGAUUCUUCGCACGCAAACUCAGAGAGGACGAAAGCCACGAGGACUGAACUUUGGAUGCCAAGACAGCGAUGAUUUGUUAUGACUACCAGAUGAGUAGGGUGUGCAUCCAGGCACGGAGACAGUCCUGGGAGACACAGACGCAGGGACCUCCAGGACCAAAGAGAGUAUCACGAGGGUCCAACAGACACAAACUACCCACUAUUUUCAGGGUCGGGGGCACUUAUGUAAAUAAUGUUUUUCUAACUUUAAGGGAAAGUGUAUUAAAACCACAAUUCUUCUAUUUAACUUACAGAAAUGUUCUUGGUUUUAUAUUUCAAACAAUCACUUGGUCCUACAGUUCACGUGUCCUUUAAUGAAAUUAAAACUGUUCAAAGA